AUGGAAUAGAAACCAAAAUUGGCUUUUGGAGAAAUCAACUUCAAAAAUUUGGAAUAAUUCAAAGUCAUCACCUAGAAGACCUUGCCUGUAAGUUAUAGCGAAACCUUUUAUUUAAAAAUUCUCACUUAUUCAGACUUUUCCACUCUUGGUAUUGAAAUUUAAGUAAAGCGCAGGUUAUUAUAAUGACAUUGCAGUUGGAGCUAUAACAGCAAGGAUCGAGGAAAAGGAUGGAAAGAAGACUGCCUAUAUAAUGACUUUCGGUGUUUUGGAUGCAUACCGUCGUUUGGGAUUUGGCACAUAGCUAUUGAAUGAAUUAAUCAGCAGAGUGAAAACUCAUGAGGAAAUCAGAACCAUAUAUUUGCAUAUGUGGGUUAGCAACGAAAUAGGAUUUCAAUUUUAUUCCAGACAUGGUUUCGAGAAGACUGUGUACAAAAGAAAUUACUAUACAGAUAUUGAUCCCCCCCAUUGUUAUAUUUUAACAAAGCGUCUCUAUCCGGAUGUUGAUCCUCCCAUUCCUUAUACGGAAGAAGACACCGAAAAAGAAUUGGAAAUUGCACAAUAAUGAAGUAUAUAAUAG